AUGACACACAGCCGGGCUGAGAACAUAGGUAUGCAGACAACAAAACGGCAAGAACACAAAUUGACGAACCUAAUUAAAUACAUCUACCCGCAUAAGUCGCUCAAGGUCGCGACAAAAAGUACUGAAGCAGUGACGGUCGUCAAUUUGUCAUCCAAAGAAUUGUCCGAGGACACUGUGUCUGUGUUAUCCCGUGGACUCAACUUUGCACCAACACCGCGUAGAAUACCCGUUGAGGAUAUUAUUACAAAUAUUGAAAAUACCAUCUUCAGAAAUAAAAUACCUCACGGAGAUGCUGAUUGCCUGCGCCAAGAUGUGUCUACGUUAUUGCGUAAGUCUCCCCUGCCUAAGAGCAAUAUUACCCUCAAGGAGGUUAGUGCUCUGCGGGAGUUGCGCAAUGAUGAGUCAUUGUUAGUGCUACCAGCCGACAAAGGUAACGCCACUGUAGUCGUCGACACCGAAGCGUACGAACACAAGAUAACGCAAAUGGUGGGCGACACAAGUGUUUAUCGUAAAGUUCGUUACAACCCUACAUCCCGAGUCACGACGAAGGUAAACAAACUUCUCAACAUCAUCGGCGACAAGGAGCUGGUAGCACGACUGCGUCCACUAAAUCCGACACCACCCAAAAUUUAUGGCCGAACUACACUACCUACUAGCUAUGUUGAGAGUAUCACGUAUUGUCUUAAAAGUGGAUAUUUCCUGUGGCGAGGGGAUUUUUACCUCCAAAUUGACGGAGUGGCUAUGGGCUCACCACUGGCGCCCGUUGUGGCAAACAUCUUCAUGGAGUGGUUUGAGGAAAAAGCACUAGAGUCUGCAAACGUGAAACCGCGAUACUGGUGGCGAUAUGUAGAUGAUAUCUUUGCUGUCGUCGCCCGGGACGCAUUGAAGGACCUGACGUCACACCUAAAUCGGGUGCACGCGAAGAUAGAGGUCACCAUAGAGGAGGAAAAAGAAGGAAAGUUACCGUUCCUGGACGUACUGGUCAUCCGAGAGCCGAACGGACGGGUGACUCAUAGCGUAUACCGGAAGCCAACACACACAGACCGGUACCUACGAGCCGACUCUCAUCACCACCCCUCACACCUAUCUUCGGUGCCUCGUACGCUGCUGAACCGAGCACUCGCUCUAUGCGACCAUGAUUACGUCAAUGCGGAACUGAGGCAUGUACGUGACGUAUUAGAGCGCAACGGAUAUCAGUGGCGCAAGUGUAGACGUUUCCUGGGAUCUGCGGGCGAAGCUCGCAAGCGUCCGGCGGAGGCUGAGCGGACUCCUGCGUACUUCCCGUACGUGCAGGGUGUCACAGACAAGAUAGUAGACAUAGUAGAGCAUGUUGAAGCAGUUAAAUUAGAGGAUAUGGAAGUAAUCGAUUUAGUAGAUUUAGGAGAUGUAGUAGAUUUAGAAGAUACAUUGAAGUUAGAAUGA